CCUUAGGCGGUGCACAGCUAAUGGCCGCUAAACCCACUACGUCCCACGGAGUCACCCUGCCCUGCGGCUCCCCAGCCGCCUUCCUCACACGGCGCCGCCAUUACCGGCGCACACCCCCUCCCUGCGAGCCGCGGCCGGCUUAACGCCCACCCUCCUCCCCCGCCCUGGAGGGAGACCCGCGGGGCCCUGGCGGCCUCGCUGGGACGGUCCCGGCCCGGCUCCGCCCCGCCGCCGUAUAAGGCCGCGGCACCGCCACCCCCUGCUCCAGGCCCGAUCUGCGCGCAGCCGGAGGUCGAGGCGCGGUGGCCGCUGCCAUGGUCUUGAACCCGGUGCUGGGAAAGCUGGUCAGCAAGAGGGUGGUGCUGGCGAGCGCCUCGCCGCGCCGGCAGGAGAUCCUCACCAACGUGGGCCUGCGGUUCGAGGUGGUUCCAUCCUGGUUUAAGGAGACACUUGAAAAGUCGUCUUUUGCAGCCCCUUACGAGUAUGCUGUGGAAACAGCAAAACAGAAAGCUCUUGAAGUAGCAAACAGAAUGCAUGUAAAACACCUGAGAACACCUGAUGUUGUCAUAGGAGCAGACACUAUUGUGACUGUGGAUGAGGAGAUCCUGGAGAAACCCGUUGAUAAGCAAGAUGCGUAUAGGAUGCUGUCAAGGCUGAGUGGCAAAGAGCACAGUGUGUUCACAGGAGUGGCUAUUGUACAUUGCCACAGUAAAGAUAAUCAGCUAGAGACAGAAGUCACUGAUUUCUAUGAAGAGACUAAAGUAAAAUUUUCUGACCUGUCUGAAGAGCUCUUAUGGGAGUACAUUCAUAGUGGGGAGCCAAUGGACAAGGCUGGUGGAUAUGGAAUCCAGGCCCUCGGUGGAAUGUUAGUUGAGUACGUCCACGGAGACUUUUUGAAUGUGGUGGGAUUUCCUCUGAAUCACUUCUGCAAAAAGCUAGCAGAAUUGUACUAUCCGCCCCCUAAACAUAAUGUACAACAUAAAAAGUAUGACUCUAUCCCUUCAGUGGACACUUUUGAGAACCUAAGUGAUGGAGAAAGUGAAUCUUCAAAUUUCACAGAGUGCAAAGGUGCUACUAAGUUGGACAGCAGUGGGAUGUGUUCCUCAGGAGCCAUGUACAAGUCUGAAAACAGUUCCAGGGUCAGAACUGGUUUUAUAGUACCUUUGGAAAAUCAGAAUGGAGUGUCGAAAAGUGCAGCAAAAGUUCCAUCUAAAAUUCUAGACCUGAUGGAUGGUUUUAGAGCUUCAAAGGCUCUGUUUGUAGCCUCUAAGCUCAAGGUGUUUGAUCAUCUGAAAGAUAAAGGUCCACUGAAGGCUGUGGAUAUUGCAAAUGAGGUUGGAACCUCUGUGUGUGGAACAGAAAGACUCCUUGAUGCAUGUGCUGCUCUUGGAUUACUGGAGAAAACACCACAAGGUUACAGUAAUACAGAUUCAGCAAAUACCUACCUGACCUCAGAUGGCGAAUACUCACUUCACGGCUACAUUAUCCACUCUAAUGACCACCUUUGGCCUCUCUUCACAAACUUGGAGUCUGCUGUCAAAGAAGGCAACAGGCAGAACCAUCGAGCCUUUGGAAAGAAAGCAGAGGAUUUAUUUAAGGACUAUUAUCACAGCCAGGAGGUGAAGCAACGUUUUAUGGCUGCCAUGCACAGCAUUGCCCACCUGACAGCAAGAGACGUGGCUACAGCAUUCGAUCUUUCGCAGUUUAAGUCUGCCUGUGAUUUAGGAGGUUGCACUGGAGCUCUGGCUCAUGAGUUAGUACAAAUAUACCCAAAUCUCAAGGUCACAGUAUUUGACCUUCCAGAAGUCAUUGCAAACACCUCUUGCUUUCAGCCUUCAGGACAACACAUGGCUCCAGUGACAUUUGUAUCAGGUGACUUCUUCAAGGAUAAUCUUCCAGAAGCAGAUCUUUAUAUCCUUUCACGUGUUCUUCAUGACUGGCCUGAUGAAAAGGUACAUGUGCUGUUAAGCAAGAUAUCAGCUGUUAGCAAACCAGGCUGUGGGAUUUUGCUGGCUGAAAUGGUGCUGGAUGAUGAGAAGAAGAUCAGGAGUACAGCUCUGCUGCAGUCUUUGAACAUGCUUGUGCAGACAGAGGGAAAGGAGAGAAGUGGCUCUGAAUAUCGACGCUUACUGGAACAACAUGGGUUCACAAAUGUCAAAAUCAGAUUGACAGGAAAUUUGCUGGAUGUCGUUCUCUGUGUUAAGACCUAGAAAAAAAUGGAUUUAGUAGUAAAAUCUGGAUGUCUCUAGUCAUGUUUGAUGUUUUGUAAUUAUGCAAAUACAUUCUCAGUUUCCCAUAAAUACCAUAAACAAGAAUUGUUAUAUCAGCUUUCUGAAGUUACUUUCAUAAAAAGGGGGAGAGAUUGAUUGCAUUUAUUUUGAACUUGAGUAAAAUGAUGCCAGUGUUACCGUGGCUGCACAACACCUGUAGUACCCUCAGAAACAAGUCUCCAACCACAAAUGGUGUCAGCAGCCCUAUGGCAGUAUUCACCUGGCUGAGAAAUCACAGUUUCUUUGUACUUGGUGCAAAUAGAAUAAUCCCAUUUCUAGACCAGCACACAUUGCUUUGCCACUUUUCCAGGAGUAUCAUUUCAAUACUCCGUCACCAUCCAUUUUAAUAUCAUUUUAUGUUACACUCUCUACUGUACAUAAAGAAACAUUGCCUAAUGGAGUCUGGAAACUGCUACUGCAAUGGUGCAGUCAAGAUUGGAAACAGAACUGGAGCAGCAGCUUCUCAGGAGAGUGAAGACAGACUCCUCUGCCUUCUGCGAGGCUUCUGGAAAAAGGCAGUUGUAUAAAAGCACAAGUUUUAUCUGUGAUUAUAAUUGGAGAGGAAAUGUGGGGGCACAAUAUUUGGUUGAAGAACAUCAUCCUCCUCUUCCUUUUUAUCCUUGUUUUAUUUGUGAACUCUUACGAAAGUGAAUAGCAGAAUAUGAGAUUAGAUAAAGAACAGAAAAGAAAAAAAGUGCAGAAACGGAAAGCAUGGUGCUAAAGAGAAAAGGAUUUCCCUCAGUCAGAUGAAUCUGAGAUCCAAAUGUGAACGGGACAGGACAACUAUUGACUGAACAGUUUCCUGUCACAAAAGUUAACAUACGAUUUACCUUCCUUUUUCAAACUGACAAUAAUUCACGGUCACAGAGUAUGAAGUUCUUUUUUAACUGAUAGAAAAUUUUAUGGGGAAAAAAAUCCCAGCCUUGCACACAUUGUGUUGUGCUAUGAGAGCAUUAACAUUCAGUUACAAGCUUUUUUUAAAGGAAACUACCACACCAAGCUGUGUGUGCCGUGUGCCUGCCUGAGAAUAUGCACUACAGCCUUUCAUUAAUUACAUCCAAAAUUGGUGCUGACACACUGUAUGUGCCUAACCCUGUGUGGGGAUUAGGGAAAGAGUCACUUCAUGGAAUCACAGAAUAGUUUGGGUUGGAAGGGACCUUUAAAGGUCAUCUGGUCCAACAUCCCCGCAAUGAGCAGGGACAUCUGCAACUAGAUCAGGUUGCUCAGAGCCCCAUCCAACCUGACCUGGAAUGUUUCCAGGGAUGGGGCAUCUACCACCUCUCUGGGCAUCCUCUUCCGGUGUUUCACCACCCUCAUUGUAAAAAAAUGUCUUCCUUAUAUCUGGUCUAAAUCUUCAUUCUUUUAGUUUAAAGCCAUUACCCCUUGUCCUAUCACAACAGGCCCUGCUAAAAAAUUUGUCCCCAUCUUUCUUAUAAGCCCCCCUUAAGUACUGAAAGGCCGCUAUAAGGUCUCACCGGAGCCUUCUCUUCUCCAGGCUGAACAACCCCAACUCUCUCAGCCUGUCCUCAUAGCAGAGGUGCUCCAACCCUUUGAUCAUCUUCAUGGCCCUCCUCUGGACCUGCUCCAACUGGUCCAUGUUGUUCUUACAUUGGGGGCCCGAGAGCUGGGGUCUCACCAGAACAGAGGAGCAGAAUCACCUCCCUCAACCUGCUGGACACACUUCUUUUGAUGCAGCCCAGCAUAUGUUGGGCCUUACGGGCUGCAAGUGCACAUUUUCAGUUCAUGUCCAGCUUUUCAUCCACCAGUACCCCCAAGUCCUUCUCAGCAGGGCUGCUCUCAGUCCCUUCAUCCCGCAGCCUGUAUUGAUACCGGGGGUUGCCCCAACCCAGGUGCAGGACCCUGCACUUGGCCUUGUUGAAACUCAUGAGGUUCACACAGCCCCACUUGUUGAGCUUGUCCAGGUCCCUCUGGAUGGUAUCCCGUCCUUCAGGCGCGUUGACCUCACCACUCAGCUUGGUGUCAUCUACAAACUUGCUGAGAGUGCACUUGAUCCCACUAUGUCAUUGAUGAAGAUAUUAAACAGUACUGGUGCCAGUAUGGACCCUUGAGGGACACCAGUUGUCACCGAUCUUCAUCUGGACAUUGAAUUAGUAACCACUACCCUCUGGAUGUGACCAUCCAACUUCACUAUAUCUAUGUUAUCAUUUAUAAUAUAAAAUAGCACACAAUUUACUUCAUACCUUUUGAUGUGCAAAAAAAGGCAUAGUGACGUAUAAUACAUAGUCUAUUACACUACAGCAGAGACAAAGGCUAUGCCUGACACAUCCUGUUCUCACAACAUCCUCUCUGAGACAAACACUCUCAUUGUGAAAUCCUGCGAAGUACACACGUGUAAGCAGUGGUUUCGGACAGCUCAGCUACUGCAACUUUGUGGUUCACCAGUCAGCUAUUUAAAAAAAAUGUUUGGCUUUAUUUAUUUUUGUAGGAAAUAUCCAUUAAAAGUGAAAGCAAUAACAAAAGGUGUGUGUGAACUAAUGCCCUCCAGCUAGAACAAUUUCAAGACUUACUUUUAGAAUAGGUAUAAUUUCAGACAGAAG